CACAAUCGCGCGCUCUCGGCACCGGGCCCCCCAGCCUCCGCCUCGCCGGCCCGCACGGAUCCCUGGCGCUGAGAACAAUAUGCCCUUUGUGAAAUACCCCACGACCGCAGAGCCUCUCUGGCAUGAGUGGGACAGGAAAGCACAGAAAAGUGGAUUAAGACAUACAGUGUAUGCUGUAAAUGGGGAUCAGUAUACUGGAGAAUGGCUGGACAAUAUGAAGCACGGUAAAGGCACACAGAUAUGGAAACGCACAGGAGCCAUUUAUAACGGCGACUGGAAAUUUGGGAAACGGGAUGGUUAUGGCUCAUACAGCAUUCCUGACCCUGUCACCAAGGAAUACAAGAAAGUGUAUACAGGCUGGUGGAAAAAUGACAAAAAAUGUGGCUACGGGACGACGUUUUACCCCAGCGGGGAGUACUACGAGGGCGAGUGGAGCGGCGGGCUGCGCAGCGGCUGGGGCCGCCUCUACUACCGGGACGGCUCCAUCUACGAAGGGCAGUGGCUGAGGGACCGGCCCUGCGGCCAGGGGAUGCUGCGCCUGCCAAAUGAAAAUCGUUAUGAAGGAGGUUGGAAAGACGGAAAGAAGCAUGGACCAGGGAAAUUUUUCUACUUGGAUACGGGACAGUUGUUUGAAGGUGUCUGGGCAGCAGAUAUACCAAAAUAUGGAAUUAUGAUUGACUUUGGCAGAGAUGAAGCUCCUACCCCUACUCAGUAUCCAAUCCCUAAGAUUGAACUAGCUGAUCCAGAUGGUGUUUUAGAAGAGGCCCAAGCAAUGUUUGAUGACAGCCAAUAA